AUGUGGCGACUGCGGCUCCCUGUGACACCCCUGUGGGGGUCGGCUCUGCUCCUGGGGCUCUGCCUGCAACUGACGGCUCAGGGCCCUAUCCAAGGGAGGAAGCCCCUGAGCUUGGAAAUGAUUGUGCCCGAGUCGGUGACACAGGGCCAGGUGGUCUCGGUGAAAGUGCGCGUGACCGUGGACCUGAGCGAGUGCAUGGCGGUCCGCGUCCAGCUGCGGAAUUACACGAUGGUGGACUUCCCCCACGGGAACUUCAAGUACACGGCCUGCCUGUGCGGGGGAGACGUGCGCACCUACUUCUGGGAUGUCAGCGCCAACCGCCGCAUGGAGCUGGUGGCCUUGGCCCAGGCGGUCUGGGAGACGGACAUCUGCACGGAGGAUCUGGCCGUGGUGCCCGUCACCAAUGACUACGACAUCAAGUCGAAGAUGGUGGAGGUCCUGGCUUGAGCCGGGACCCUCUGCUCCCCCUGCCCGCCCCCAACCCACCUCCACUCCACAGCUCAGAGACACGGGAGGGCUCCCCGUCGGCCUGGCCCAUAAAACA